CUCUCUCUCUCUCUCUCUCUCUCUCUCUCUCUCUCUGCUUCCUUGUUUUCAUAUAACAACAAAAACUCUUACAAAAAUCUUCUUACAAAACUCUUAAGCCAUGGCAACUGUUGUAUACCAAGGGUUUCAGUCUCAUUUUGAGUCUCAACACUUUGAGCCAAGAGCUCUAAGACUUAGACUCUCUUCUCCCAACAAUCCUCACUCAUCCACACCUCUCAAAUCCCAUUUCCUAGACUCAUCCAUCACUCCACAAGACAAUAUUUCUACCACUAAAGCUACCUCUAAGACAGAAAGUUGGAGCUUCCUCGAGUCCAUCUCAAACUCGAGCUCUGAUGACAAAGACAAGAAGACAUUAUUACCACCCUACGUUCAUACUCCAUCUUCUCGUAGAACUUUUAGUGAUGAGAGCUUAGCAUUGUGCACUGAAAGCCUCGGUAGCGAGACGGGCUCUGAUGUCAUUAACGAUCAAGAUUUGUUCUCGGUUACAUCCGAGUUACAAACCACUGAAACUAGAACAACGACAACAAGAACAUCACGACAAGAUAGGAAGAGGAACAUGAUGGCUUCUCUUCCACCUCCUUUGACGAGUAUGAGAGGUCUUGAUAGCAUUCAAGUCAAGUCUCACCGUGAGAAUGGAAGAUUGGUAAUGACGGCCAUGAAACCUCUGCCCCGCAAUAGAUGCUUACAGGACCGAAGUUAUGGCUGCGUCCGACUAGCCAUCUUGAUUGAUUCUAAUGGCCAUAUAGAGACAGAGACCAGAGAAGGAGAAGAAGAAACAGUUGAGAUAUUGAGAGAUAGCGAAGAAGAGAUUCCACAAUACGAGGAAGAAGAAGAAGUUGAAGUGAAGGUUAUCAAGAACACUCAAAGAUCAAAUAGAUGUCAUGAAGGUGAUCUAGAAAACAAAGGAUUUCUAAAUUGGGAAUCUUUCUGUGUUGCCACUUCCUAAUUAAAGAAUCUUUCUGAAAUCUCUGUGAUCACAGUUUCACAAACUUUUUCUAAUGCAUUGUGUUUUUGUUUUUGUAUAAUCAACAACCUUUUUUUAUCACUCUCUAUGUUUAGAGAUGGUAUUAAAUACUGGUUUGCCGACAGAAGGCCUUGAUUGUUAAUUUUAUUUUGUCAACGACCUUGGUUACUGAUUUAAUAUGUAACUAGGUAAUA